AUGCGCCCUCCUGCUCGCGAGCUGCGCGCCCCUGGGCCGCAAGCCCGCCAUCUUCACGACGAGCUGCCACCUGGCGUACACGGCCGCGACGGCCCUGACGGCGCUCGUCCUCGCAGCGUCCGCGACGGUACCCGCGCACGACGCCAACGUCUUCGCCUUCGCGCUGGCCCUGCAGCACGGCGUGCUCGGGUCCGUGCUCUUCCUGCUCGUCGGUACUUUGUUCUGGCUGGGGCGCUUAGCCGUCUGGGCGACGAGGCGGUCGUGCCGGCUGCUUGCGACGCUGUGACGGGCGUCUGUGCGAACCCCUGCGAGGGGAAUCUGGGGCUGGUGUCGAAGUACAACCAAGGGGAGAGCACGCCGCCUCUGCUUCCCGUACUCUGGCACUGGGAUGCUGCGUCGACGGCGGCGGCGGCAGGCGUGGCCGGGAAUGAGUGGAUCGGCAAAGCGCCCACGAUGCAUGGGGCUCAGUACGACAACUUGCUCCGGAUGCUAUGGUGGUCGUACGUCCUGACCGGCCCCAUGUACCAGUGCGCGCGGGUGCUCGCCAACUCCUCGCCGAGGGAGACACGGAACUACCUCUUCCGGCGGCUUCUGCAGGACUACCACCCGAGAGCGCAGGGGCAGUCCAGGAGGAAGCGGCUUGCCAUCAUCGCGCUGGUCUGGGUGCGGUACAGGCUGCUGCUGCUGCGCGCCAUGUCCAUGGAGGCGCGCCUCCUGUACGUCCUCGCCUACUGGCCGGCCAGGGGCGCGGCGCGUCUGUACGCCUACUGCGCGGGCGACGACAAACCCCCCGCGUUCGCGCAGCUGGUGGUCCUCAGGGAGAGCCAGUCGGCGAGGCGGGGCAGGCUGGCCAAGUACGCGGCUGCGGCGUGGUACUUCUUCUCGCUCGCUUUCUACGCCUUGCUCCCGGCCUGCGCGCUCUGCCUCACGAUUGGGUCCGAGCUCGGCGUUCGCGGCUGGGUCCCGCAGUCUGCAGAUCUCCACGACGUCAGCCAGUGGAUAGCUUGGGCCCUUGUUGGCGGCGCGGCCGCGGGAUACGCCGUGUGGUACAUGCUCUUUGAGUAUCUGCCGAAGCUGGGACUGCGAACGAGGCGGUGGGAGCCAAUCGGCGAAAGGGAGAGGAUCUACAUCACGGACCCGUCAUCAGAGGCCGAGGAGCCCGACAAGAUCGCGCUCAUGGAGAAGAACAUGGAGUACAACGACCUCGGCUGGCGCAAGUACAUCCUGGCGCGCAUCAUGGUGGAAUGGUACGACUUCAGAUACUGGUGGAGGGACCCGGUGCAGGCGUCCGCCGCCGGCGCCGGCGCCGCGGAGGGCAGGGCAAAGAAGAGCGAUGACCCGUGGGACUGGGACGAGACCUACCGGAGGGGAGGCGGCGCCGGCGAGAUCGACAACUGGACGGCUUUCCCGGCCGAACUGGCCUCCCGGCCGGUGCCUUCGUCGCCGGGCCGGCACCACAUCCAGGCUGCGCCCGCGCCGAGACCGAUAGUCGAGUAUAGCUACGACGACGAGGCGGAGACGCAGAGGCUGCUGCGUGAGCAGGAUGGGCGGCGAAGAAAAAGGGGAUGA